AGCGCCCGCGGCAGCCGGCGCAUCUGCAGCCCGGCGCAUCUUCAGCCAGCGCGACCGUCGUUCGCCAUGGGCAUCCGCGGGGCGACGCUGCCCUACGAGGCCAGAGCCCUCAUCCAGGAGUGCGACCCCGCCACCAUCUUCGGCGACAUGAGUUUUCUCGGGUCCGGCGCCUUUGGCGAGGUCUUUGAAACCUCGCAUUUGGCCACGGGCGCGCGCCUGGCCGUCAAGAAGAUCAGGCUCGUCAAGGGCUUCGACAGCGAUGAGUGGGAUGACACCUACCGUGAGAUCCGAUUCCUGCGGCGAUGCGACCACCCAAACAUCCUCACGUUCCACGGCUGCUACCUGCACGAAAUGACCAUCUGUCUGGCCAUGGAGCUCGCCCUUGGCUCGGUCACGGACGUGAUGGAAGUCUUCAAGGCGCCCCUCAACGAGGCCGAGAUUGCGGUGGUCGCGCACGAUGUGCUGGCCGCACUCGCGUACCUGCACCAGUCGGGCCUGAUCCACCGGGACGUCAAGGCGGCAAACAUCCUGCUCACAGAGGACGGCUCUGUGCGGCUGGGCGACCUCGGCAGCGGGAGCAUGAGCUCGCGCGCCUCCUCGCUGGUCGGGUCUCCCUACUGGAUGGCGCCCGAGGUGGUGAUGGCGAUGGAGGCGGGCAGCUACGACGGCAAGGUCGACGUGUGGAGCCUCGGCAUCGCGUGCAUUGAGAUGGCCGAGCGUCGGCCGCCGCUGUGGAAGAUGAACGCCAUGUCGGCGCUGUACCACAUACCGAUGAACGCGCCGCCGACGCUGCCCGCCGACGGAGGCUACAGCGACGCCCUCCGGGACUUCCUGGCAGCGAUGUUGGUCAAGAGCCCGGCCGAGCGCGGCAGCGCCGUCGAGCUGUCACAGCAGCCGUUUGUCGCAGAGAAGCGGCCAGGCGACACCAUCCUCAAGCUGGUGACGCGCGCCAAGAAGCCGCGCGAGCUAUGGGACGACCUGGGCGGCCCCUCGCCGCCGGUCACCCCGGGCAGCUACGAGGGCGCCUUGGCGGCUGCGACCGGGCCGACGGGCGGCGCCGCCGCUGAGACGGCGCUGCAGCAGGUCCGGACGAUCCGGCACCAGCAGAGGAGCGAGUUGGAGGUGGAGCAAGCCGUGGUGGCGAUGCAGCUGAAGGAGCAGAAGAAGGUGCGGGUGGUGCACAACAAGGCUGCCGAGCAGAUGCGCCGACACCACGAGGCGGAGAUGCAGCGGCUGGCGCAGCAGGACGCCAGGGGGCGCGACGCGCUGCUCAGGCUGGGCGACAGCGAGCGCGAGAAGCUGCGCCCAAAGCUCCUCGGCAGCGGGCGGGACGAGAUCCGACGCUCGCACACAGAGACGGUCAAGGCGAGCAACAAGCAGCACAAGACGCUGCUCUCCGAGGCCAACAAGAUGCCCAAGAGCCCCGACAGGUCGGACACGCUCAAGCGGCACAAGGCCGAGCAGGCGCAGCGGCUGAGCCGGCUCGAGGAGCAGCACAAGCAGAGCAUCGCCGACUUUGUGCGCAACUUCAAUGAGCAGGUGGAGAAGACGCACGCGGGUUGGUGGGACAAGCACCGCGCCGAGUUCGAGACGGCGCGCGCCAGCGUCGCCUCCUACCAGGCGGCGCGCGCCGAGACGUUUGCGGCCAAGCACGCGGAGGAGCAGCGCCAGCUCGAGGCUGACCGCGCGGCCGCCCAGGUGGAGCUCAGAGGCUUCGAGGCGGACGAGGAGACGCGGCUGGAGGAGCAGCGGCAGCGGCAGGUGCAACUGGCGGGGCGGCACGAGGAGGAGCUACACGAGCUCACGAUCUCGCACGUCACGUCGACGCGGAGGAUAUCUAUUUGA